UACCUCCAGCUCUCCUCUCCUCACCAUGUCAUCAACCAUGCACGCUCCAGCUCCUCCUCCUUCCAGCAAAGCUUCGUCCUCUGCCUGGGAUCGUGUCAAAGCAUCUCUCAAAAAGACCUUUGUUCGUCCGCCAACUCCCGCCGGACAAUAUGGCUACGCCAACCAAGUGGACCUCGAGCCGCCUCAUCCACGCUUCAAGUGAGAUCACGCCCGUCAACUUUGCGCAAUUUGGGGAAGUCAUCGAGAAUCCCUUGACUGCGGCACAUCAGUCGAAGCAUCAGAGUAUCGUGGCGAAUCAAGGUUCUGCGACGAAGUAUCUCGACAUCACUCAUAUCGACAAUCAUUAUGCUACUCUGGCUCCUAGUCGGAAGCCGGCUCGCGCUGUGAUGAACAUGUUUGUCUGUAAGCCGAGAGAGCUCACGACCUCGGCUGCUACGGGGAAGAAAGUCUUCAAAGUGGAGAUUCUGGAACGACAUCCUUUCACACCACAGACGUUCAUUCCAUUGGGCGUCUCAACAAACGAUCUCACCUCGCGAUAUCUUGUGAUCGUCGCUCCAACUCUCCCGAGCACAACAAGAGGACCGAACGACCCGCUGGAGAAACCCUAUCCAGCCGAAGCUCCUCGAAGAGCGGCCAAAAGCUUGAAGUCAAGACUGCUGGGCGCACGUCCAAACCCGUUCACAAAUGAUCAUACUGCUGUUACGACACCGCCGGUGCCAAUGACAUCUGAGAGGAAGCCCAAAGGACCGGGCGGGCCUGAUCUGACGAACCUGCAAGCUUUCAUUGUGAGAGGAGACCAGGCUGUGACGUAUGGACCGGGAACGUGGCAUGCGCCGAUGGUCGUGCUGGGUGAUAAGGACAUUCCUUUCGUUGUCGUUCAAUACGCGAAUGGUGUCGGAUUGGAAGACUGUCAGGAGUCUGCGAUUGGUGCGAUCGAUGGUGGUGAGGGAGUUGUGGUGGAUGUUGGAGAAGAGAAGGGAGAUGGCGAGCAACUGGCGAGUGGUGCUGGCAUCAUGAGGGCGAAGCUGUGA